GUGACAGAGAGACGUUCCGGGCCUACUUUUCCCGCAGAUUCAAAAAUGUCUCCGGAUAAUCGUUCCGGCGUUCCUCAAAGCAAGGUCCAUCCAAAGUUUCUACACAGUAACUCAACAAGUCACACCUGGGCUUUCAGUGCUAUAGCUGAGUUGAUUGACAAUGCAUACGAUCCUGAUGUUAAAGCUUCCGCACUUCUGAUAGAUAAGGUCGACAUUAAUGACAAACCGUGUCUUGUGUUCCUGGAUAAUGGAACUGGUAUGGAUUAUGACCAACUUCACAACAUGCUCAGCUUUGGAUUCUGUGAAAAAGGUAUUUAUGAGAAUAAUGAAACGUACAAACCAAUAGGGCAGUAUGGGAACGGCUUUAAGUCUGGCUCCAUGCGCCUAGGAAAAGACGCUCUGGUUUUUACAAGGUGUAAAGAUUCCACCAGCAUUGGGUUUUUGUCACAAACAUUUUUGGAUGCUACCAAAGCCGAUACGGUGUUGGUGCCGUUAAUUGAAUACAAGCUUUCAGGUCAUAUCCUUUUCAAGUACCUUAAAUUUAGUUUUGUUCAUUUUAUAAAUUUCAACUGGGAACACAUUUUGUGCUUUAUUGAGAAAUUAUUGUAUUAUUUUAAUGAAGUGAAAUUAUCCGUUACAUUACUAAAGCGUGAUAACAGCCAGGGGACACUCAACUGCCUGAAACAAAUCCUGACGUAUUCAAUCUUCAAUACCGAAGAUGAUCUUAUUAAAGAGCUGAACACAUUAGAAAAUUCAAGAACUGGAACUAAAAUCAUUAUCUACAACCUAAAUACGAUACAAGACGUAACGUUAGAGCUUGACUUUGCCAGUGAUCCGAAAGACAUUCGUUGUCCUGAAACUCACCAACAAGAUUCUGACAACCCGGAGGACAGGCCUGUUGCAUCAGUAGCCUCUGAGUACACACGAUCCUUACGGGAAUAUUGCAGAAUUUUGUUUCAACACCCACGAAUGAAAAUCCAAUUAAGAGGUGCAAUAGUGAGGUCAAAAAUUGUAGCAAGAUCUUUGUACCAGACUGAAGUGUACAAAUACAAACCUGCAUGGCUGAACAAACAUAUAAAUAUCACAGUUGGAUUUUCAUGUGAGAGGGAAAGGGGCGAAGAUUACGGCAUGAUGCUGUACCACAGAAAUCGUCUAAUUACAGCUUAUGAAAAAGUUGGAUACCAAAAACAAGCAAACGAGAAAGGUGUAGGUGUCGUAGGGGUGGCUGAUGUUAGUUUCUUGACUGCCACUCACAACAAGCAGGAUUUCGAAAAAGAUAAAAAGUUUAUAUCUGUUAUGAAGGCGAUCGCUGAAAAACUGAAUGAUUACUGGGAUGAGAACGCGUCAGACGAAAGUAAUUCAGCAGGCCAGGCAGUCACUGAGGUGUGUCCUGACUGGACCUGGGUCCAAUGCGACCUGUGUCUCAAAUGGAGAAGGCUACCCCUUGAAACACAAACAAAAAAUCUUCCAGAUAAAUGGUUUUGUAGAUUCAAUACAGAUUCUACUCAUAAUCGUUGUGAUGUACCUCAAGAGGAGCUUGAGGAAGAUGGCGUUUACAUGAAGAAAAAAAAUAAACAAAAGAGCAAGAACAAGAAAACUGCGAAAAAGGGCAAGACUCAAAAGAGAGCUAUCCCUGUCUUGCCUAUACGUGAAGUUCGAUACCCUGUUAAAGGAUUACCCAGUGAUAAAUCUAAACCGUUACCCACUAAAAGAAAAAGCGCAUCAAAUACCGAAAAUGUGCAUGAUGACAGUGAUGAAACCGCACACAGCUCACGGAAGAAAUCUCUAAGGUCCUCAAGUUCUAAAACUGAAAUCACCACAGUUUACAAGGCGAGACGGAAAACGUCUCCUUUUGAUAAACAUUGUGAUGAUGUUGACGAUGAACCUGAAACAAUACCUGAAAAAACAAGUGAACUUAGAAGGUCCACCUCUGAAAGUUCAUUCGAAGGUUUUCAAUUUGAGCUGAACGGUAAACCAAAUCACAAAGGAAGGAGCAGUGGUCCAUCUUGCAAUGUUGACCUCGCAUUGGAUCCAUCAGCAGAAGAUACGGAUAAUAAUGAUAAUGAUACAGAUGGCAAUGACGAAACAAACUCCAUGUCAAGUUCUGAAGUGUGUUCCCGUGUGGACAAGAGCCAAAUGCCCUCAUCAAGUUUUGUAACAGAAAGUCUUCAUCAGAAUACAGACAAACGUGGCUCUGAAAUAAAUCAGAGGGGUUCUGAUGAAAUGAAAAAUAUGAAAAUAGAACUAGCCCAGCAUAAGGAAAAGAUCAAACAACUAGAAGAUAGGCUAAGUAAGUUCUCCUACAGUGUUCGUAAGCUAUUACGACUGACCUUACCUAAAAAAUAUCAUGACGGUACUUUGGAUAACAUUGAGGAUGAUAUUGGAGAUAUUAUUAGUAAAAUUGCUGCACAAAGUGAAAUGACCUUGAUGCCAGACAACGUGGAUGACGAGAUUGAAGAAAUGAUUAGAACAAUUGAUGAUUCAAAUCAUAUCUAAAUAGGAGUAAAAAUGUCUGAUAGAAACUCUGGUUGUUCCGAUAAUCUAUUUAGCUGAAAUCCUAUUUGCAGCUUGUCGUUUAACCCAAUGUAUGUUAAAGUAGCCAUCACAAGUAAACAGAAAAAACUGAUUUAAUUUCAUUAUCUUUUGCUGUGUAAAAUACGAAUGUAAAAAUAGGAUAUAGAUCAUUUGUAAUUAUCCGUAGUAAGCAUUGUAUCAAUAACCAUUACUUCACCUGCACUUUUUUUGUAUUGUUGGAUUUUUUCAAAAGUAAAUCUUAUUUCAACUCGAAGGUUUAGCGCAAUAGUUUGUGUAUACUUUUAUGUUUGAUUAUGACUGGCUUAUUGUUUUGUUUUUAACAUAGCCAUUGAUGAAUCAGUAUAAUUGUUUUUAACAUAGCCAUUGAUGAAUCAGUAUAAUUGUUUUUAACAUAGCCAUUGAUGAAUCAGUAUAAUUGUUUUUAACAUAGCCAUUGAUGAUUCAGUAUAAAUAACCCAAACUUCCUGAGGAGUUCAGGUAAGACUGGAACCACAUUGAGACAACAGCCUGCUACAGCACAGGACAGAUAAAUAUUUGUUUGUACACAAAAUGCGUCGUUUAUUAAAGUUACUAGCCGAGUCUUCUUUUGGUGUACUACCAAUAGGUCUUACUUUGAGUUUAAUGCAUUUUAAAACUAAUAAGAGUCUUCUGACAAAAUCGUGGAGUCUUUUAUAUCAACUUUGUAAGUACAAAAGAUUAAAUGGCCAGGUGAAUUUUGGUUUUCUGGAUGGCUUAAAUUGUUUAAACUAAUAAGUGGCGAAUCAUUUCAAGUUAGCAGCCUGCCUUUAGAUCAUACUUUAACAUUGUCUACU